CGAGAGAGGGAGAGAGGGGAGAAAAGGAAACGGCAAAAAGCUCGUACGCGCACGCACGGCGCCGUCGCUCUCUCUCUCUCUCUCUGCGCAAGCCUUGAAGCGAAGGUGAAUUCGCAGCUGAAUUUUCUUGGCGGAGGGAGAGGGAGAGGAACAGGGAGAGGGACAGGGAGGGCACGGUGAAAGGGAGCGAGAGAUCAGCAUGGGUUGGAUCGGAGAGACCGUGGACUCCAUCCGGAGUAUUCAGAUCCGCCAGCUCCUCACUCAGGCCGUCAGUCUGGGCAUGAUUGUCACGUCGGCUCUAAUUAUAUGGAAGGCUUUGAUGUGCAUCACUGGCAGCGAAUCUCCUGUUGUUGUUGUUCUCUCUGGGAGCAUGGAACCAGGGUUUAAGAGGGGAGACAUAUUGUUCUUGCACAUGAGCAAGGAUCCUAUUCGAGCUGGAGAAAUCGUUGUUUUUAAUAUCGAUGGUCGUGAAAUUCCGAUUGUGCAUCGUGUAAUAAAGGUACACGAACGCCAAGAUACUGGAGAGGUCGAUGUCCUCACGAAAGGUGACAACAAUUAUGGAGAUGACAGGCUCUUAUAUGCUCAUGGGCAGCUGUGGCUUCAGCGGCAUCACAUUAUGGGAAGAGCUGUUGGGUUCUUACCUUAUGUCGGUUGGGUUACGAUCAUAAUGACUGAGAAACCUAUAAUCAAGUAUAUACUUAUCGGUGCGCUGGGGCUGCUUGUAAUCACUUCAAAGGACUAAUGGAGCCUGUUGUUCUGGGUUUAGUGACUCUAAGGAAAAUCAACUCUGGCUGUCAUUCUAUUGGGUUUCAAUUUUCCUUUGUAUCUUGGUAGUUUGACAAAAGAGCGGAUCUCAAUAUAAAAACGGAAAGCGAGUUUUAAGGAUUUUUUUCUUCAUGAUGGACGUUAGUUGCAGCCAUAUUACACCAUAUUUAACUGUUAUUUUCAUUUUGUCGA